GCUGUUUUUGCAGUUUUCUGUCGGUGUCAAAAAUUUUCGUUUGCAUUUCUGAUAUUUUAUCCAUACUACUUGCAUAUUGUCGAGUUUAAAGUAAUCAAAAGGGCACUGCUGUACGGAAAAUAACGAGGUAUUACUUGCAAAUAUUUGGUAAAUAAACUCUCCUUUUGUGUCUUGUACGCCGCUCUAACAAACAACGGCAAGGUUAAGGCUACAAAAAAAAACUUGGAAGCGUACCUCUAUCACCAGAACCCAUCUAAACAUGGCCUCAACAAUGCAGCUGGAGUUCUCGCAGGCCAUGUCUGAUUUCAAGACCAUGUUUCCAGACAUGGAUCGUGAAGUUAUUGAGGCAGUGUUGCGUGCAAAUCAAGGCGCAGUGGAUGCGACAAUCGACCAGCUGCUGGCAAUGUCAACCGAUAACCAGAACGAAAAGCUGCGCAAUGAAUUGGAUGCUAAAACGUCACCACAACGCAGUUUAAUCAAUCUGCACGGCACGGAAACGCAACCUGCGACCGCACAGUUGAUUGACACCUCUGAUGGUAGUGGCACAACAGUGCCGAACAAUCAACAAACUCCAGCCGCAGCGGCCAAUGCAGUGUUAUUGAAUCUCAGUGGCAGUAAUGGUGUAAAUGCAUCACCCAAUCAUAAUACAGGUGCAUCACCUAAGCAACGAUUGGUAAGUGCCACCAACAAAUCGUCAGCCAGCGGAACACCAAAACGCAAUGCUCCUCAUGGUACACGACGUUGGAAUCCACCUAUGAUCGGCCCUCUCCCGCCUGGCUUUCUACGCAUUACCCCAACCUCGCAGGAUGGAGUGACGCGUGAUUUUGACUUGCCAGACGAACAGUUUGCAAUGAUGUUGCAAAAUGAGGAAUUCAUGAAUCAAUUGCGAUGGAAUCAGGAAUUUAUGAACGCUCUGGAAAAAGAACAGUGCGGCAAAGCUAAAGGUGAAGAUGAUGCAGCAUUCAAAGAGCGACUAAAGCAUAUGGGUAAGAUGUCCAGGAAGAAAUUCUUACAAAUGGCGCGAGUUUUUACGUGGCAGCGCAACAAGAAGACAACAACAGCCAAACAAAUUGAUUCGCUGCCAUUGAAGGAAGAGCCUAGCGACGAUGAAGAGCACCAUCAUCAGCAACAGCGUAAGUAAAGGGAGGAAUAAGAUAGCAAAGGAAAGACAAGUACGCUUAGGAUACGGUAUGACUUUGUUUAGACAUUACUUAUUGUUUCAAUUUAAAAAAAAACAUGUAUUUUUAAGUAAAAGUAGUUAGUUAAAAUAUUCCGGUUUACUUUUUAGUAAUACAUAUGUAUGUAUAAUAAUUUUUUUAUUUCAUGCUUUACAUACGAGAUUGCAAUUAUCUAAUGUGAUGCUCCUAAGAUUUCCCUGCUGAUAAGCGUAUUUGUUUAUACUUAUUCUUUAAUAUAUUUAAAAGUGGUUGCUUGUUAAGGCAAACACCUAAAUUCUACAAGUACACAAAAGCUUUGAAAAAAUUAAAACUUUAUCUUAAGUGAUCUUAGUUAUCAAAUAAUGUAUGAGAAUUAUGUUAAGACGAGUAAAUGGCGUGAAAGGUUGUAGUGUAUAAAUGAGAAGUGCAAUAAAAGAUUGUGCAGUUGAGCUUGGAAACUAUUAUUUAAAGCAAAUAUUUUGUUUUUUAUAGCUUGAUAAGCAGUUGUUAUUUGUUAUUGACUGAUACAAAGUACGUGGACGUUGUAAUAUGUACAUAUAUAUUUAAAUAAAUUGUAUGAUUUUUAACAGUAUUUUAUAUUUUGGCCUGAUGUACAAUUUGUUAAAAUUUAAGAUUGAUAUGAAAGAAGUUUUGAUUCCAAAUGCAAUUUUUGUAUUUGUAAAGAAUUUUUCCAAA